AUGGACCCCGGCUUUACUGCUGCUUUUGCGAACGAUGCGCGCUUUCAGGCUGGGGUGUCGCUCAGUGCAUCCACCGAAAACAACAAGUCCCCCAUGGACCUUGCUCGCGAGCAGGCUAGAGGUCUUGUGGACGCGUCGAAGGUGUACCACGCAGCCAAGCUUCCUCCAGCUUCAGCUUACCAAGUUCGUGAGAAGACAAUUGCCGUAGAAGGUGGCACACUACGCCUACGCUGCCUCACCCCGACAGACAUCGAGGAAGACGCCUCUCUUCCCGUUCUCGUCUGGUUUCAUAGCGGAGGUUGGAUUGUCGGAGACCUUGAGCAAGACGACAACCAUCUGCGCAGCAUUUGCGUCGAACUGCAGCUCUGCGUCGUGAACGUUGAUUACAGGCUUGCUCCGGAGCACCCGUUCCCGACCAGCGUGAACGAUGCAUACAACGCCAUGAAAUGGGUGACGGAGAAUGCGCAAAGCCUCCGUAUUUCCCUUUCCAAGGGCUUCAUCGUCGGCGGCGACUCCGCUGGCGCGAACAUGGCCACGGUUUGUGCGCACCUUGCGCACGACGACCCGCUUUUCGAAGGCCGCCAGCCAACCGGUCAGCUUCUGCGCGAGCCGUCUGUCGUGCAAGAGGAGGUAUACCCGGCCGAGUACAAGGCGGAGCUUCUCUCGAUGGAGGAAUUCAAGGACGGACCUCUCCUUACCCGGGAAGCCCUCAAGCAGUGUCGUGCCCUCCUUCAAGCAGCACCCGCCGAUCCGCGCAUCUCCCCACUGCUCUUCCCCUCCCACGCUGGCGUCCCUCGCGCGUUCAUCACCUACAACGGCGCGGACCCGCUUCGCGACGAUGGCCGCCUCUUCGCGCGCAUGUUGCGCGAGGCCGGGGUGCCGACCUUGGAGAUCAUGUACCCUGGUGUGCCGCAUGGCUUCUAUUACUCGUUCCCGGACAUCGCGCUGGGGAGAAAGUCGGACCAGGAUAUACGCGAUGGACUGAGGUGGCUCCUGGCCGAUGGAAUGUCGGAGUAA